GGGAAAACUGUAGUAGUGGAAUUUUAACAGCAACACUGUUUUUAUAUUGCAUUGUGCACUCAUUCAGUCAUUCUCAAAAGCCAGUGAUGUGUUGUAGCUAUAUCGGUUCUACAGCACCUUGCUUUACAGGAAAUCGUGGCGUGACAAGAAGUCGUUAAUGAUUUUCCUAUUCCACAUUUAACAACAAGCGCGCACAAUUGAGUUUCUUUAAAUUGUUUUAAUGGCGCGAAUCGGCAUGCUUACUUUUAUGCGGAUAAUCGCCAUUACAUCGUUGGCUUCCGCGCAAAAUCACACCACCGAUAUCGUGACCGAGCAGAACACGCUCAUCCGCCAAACCCUGGAUAAUUCGCGCUUCGAAUCUGGGAAACCAGCCAGCGGCGCUUCCGUGGAUCCAAGUCAACUCCGCCUUGUUGUCGUGAUACAUCGUCAUGCAGAGCGGACGCCGGUCUUCAGCAUUCCCUGGGGCCGCAACGUCACCCGGCAAUCGGCCAUCCCAACCGAUGCCCAGCUGACUUCCCGCGGCGUCAAACAAAUGUACGAGUACGGACAGUGGAUACGGCGACGUUACCAGGCCUUCUUCGAGACCAACGAUCGCAUCCCGAGUCAGCGGAUCACCAUCAUCUCCUCACACACCGACCGCACCAUCACCAGUGCGCAGGCCCUGGCUGCCGGGCUCCUUCCCACGGAGAACACGACCCGCCGCUGGGAUUCGGAGCUAGGAAAAUACUGGUAUCCCAUUCCAGUUUACGCGCAACCUUAUCACGAUGACCUGUACCUGUUUAAUUAUGACGACGCGGAUUGCCCGCUGAUGGGACGGCUGCGGCGGACCAUCAACGAAAUGCCUCUGGCAAAGCAGCUGGAAGCCGAGCUGGCGGAUUUCAAGCGUGCGAUAAUGAAAGCAUCCGGCAUAGCAAACUACGAUUUCUGGGGCACUACAACGGCCAUCGAGGACGCCAUGCGAUACGCCUUGGAGUACCCGCAAACCAACGCUAUCCCGCCCUGGAUGAACACCACCCUGUUGGACGCCAUUGAACGGAUCGCCGGCAUGCGAAUGCACCUGAUUGCCGGCGGCAACGGCGACCGGCAACGGACCCGCCUGAAGACCGGCCGGUUACUCGAUGACAUCUUUCACCGCAUGGAGAAAUCCACGAAGGACAAUGCGCAGAAUCUGCUGAAGAUGGUCUUCUACUCUUGCCACGAUGAAAACGUGAGCGCUAUACUGGCGGCGUUGAAUUUGUUUAAUUAUACCCUGAAAGGACCAAAUUUUGGCAUACCAGAAUUUACGGCUUCAGUUAUCUUUGAAUUAUUCAAAAAUAAUUCUGUGCGGAUUUUAUUGAAAAACAAUGCUCAAGACGAAUGCGGCGAUCCAAUUGUACUGCGACAUCCGGAGUACUACAGCGACUUCUGCCCGCUGCAGGAGCUGCGCCAUAUAUUAGAUGACGUCAUCGUCAGUAAAAAACAGUUCGAUGAAGAAUGCAAUUCUCUGCCAACCGGAAGCUGGGCCACAACCGUUGCGCCGGCUACGCCGUUGCCUUCGACCCACAUCGAUAAGCUCAUACGUGACAAACGCCGCGUCCGGCCGGGCAAAGGAUUUCCGAUGGACGUCAAAAUAUGAAUGAGUUGCAUUUGACCACUUUGGCUUGAUACUACAGUUGCGAACUAGUCCACUCAGUUCUCCCGGAAGAAAAUGUUAGUUAGAUUUAAAAUCAGAUGGUGUGCGCUGAAUACAAACAUGUUAUAAGCACUGGCAAACCGGAAAAGCUCAUGGACAAAACGUUGAUAUGUGACGUGACAUUCGACCAUUCCGGGAUGUGAAAGCAACACGACAGUGCAUACUCAUUUCAUUUACUGUUGUAAAAAAGCCGCGCUUCCGAACAUCUUCUAUUUAUAAACAGCACUAGUUCACAAGCUAGACGAUAUUCUGCCCAUUCGACAGUUCGCUAUAACCGCGACAUUUAACUCAUAAAAUCCUCAAAAUGGCGCAUAGCGGUAGGACAGUUUUUCUGCGGAUAAGCCUUCUCGUAGCGCUUGUUUGCGCGCAAAAUCGCAGCAUUGAAAUUGUAACCGAACAGAAGAUGCUCAUGCUCCACACACUGGACAAUUCGCGCUCCGAUUCCGUGAAGCCGGUCAGCCAUACCUCCGUGGAUCCCAACCAGCUCCGCCUUGUGGUCGUAGUAAGUGCAACGCCACGCUGAGCGAAUGCCGGUCUUCAGCGUCCCUUGGGGCCGCAACGUCAGCCGGCAGUCGGCCUUUCCCACCGACGCCCAGUUGACUUCCCGAGGUGUCAAACAGAUGUACCGCUUCGGGCAGUGGAUGCGGCGACGUUAUCAGACCUUCUUCGAGACCAACG